AGAGAGUCCUCUCUCGAGAUUUUGGGCCAGAGGGAAGAUGAGACUCGCAGGAACUCCUCGCAGGUCCCGGAAGCAACAGCAGCAGCAGCAGCUGCUGCUGCUGCUGCUGCUGCUGCUCCUGCUGCUGCUGCUGCUCGCGUCGACGCAACUGAUGCGGACGAGCCUAGCGACCGCCGGGAAUCCUCUCCGGGCCUCCUCAGCUUCCCCAUUCCAGCAGCAACAGCAGCAGCAGCAGAAGCAGCAGCAGCAGCCGCUGCUGCUGCUGUUGCUGCUCCUGUGCCGCCUUCGGUCCCCCAGUGCGAAAAGCAGCCGCAGCAGCCGCAGCAGCCGCAGUUCGCCCCAUUGUAUCCACUGACUAUUCAGCAACCCAGCCUUCAGCAGCAGCAGCAGCAACAGCAGCAACAGCAGCAGCAGCAGCAACAGCAACAGCAGCAGCAGCAGCAGCAGCAGCAGCAACAGCAGCAGCAGCAGCAGCAGCAGCAACAGCAGCAGCAGCAGCAGCAGCAUGGGCAACUUGGCUUCUUGGAGCCUUCUGCUGGGGGCUAUGGUGCGUCCGUCCCAUCGGUGACAGCAGCAGCAGGGACAGGCAACAGAAACGACCUUAUUGCUUUGCUGCUGCGCGCUGCUGCCCAUCAUGCUGCAGCAGCCGCUGCAGCAAAUGCAGCAGCAGCAGCAGCGGCGGCAGCAGCAGCAGGAGAGGGGGAUGCCGCGGCUUUGCACCAGGCAGCCCACGCAGUAGCUGCGCUGCAGCCGCAGCAAGCUGUACCAGCUGCUGCUCCCGCUCUUCAGCACUGGCAGCAGCAAACCUGUGGCAAUCAAGAGCAGCAACAGCAGCAACUGCAGCAGCAGCAACUGCAGCAGCAGCAACUGCAGCAGCAGGAACUGCAGCAGCAGCAACUGCAGCAGCAGGAACUGCAGCAGCAGCAACUGCACG